AUGUCCACACCAAGCUAUCAGAUGGUAUCCAAAACGCAAAAUGUGUAUCAAGAGGAGAACUUUGAAAUAGACAUGAAGGCAACUCCAUGCCAGCAAAAACAAAAACUGAACAACAAGAACAUAGGACUGAUGCAAAUGAAAGGAUGUGCACUAGGGGAUGAACUAAAACCUCCUGCAUUUAUCAAGGCCAACAGGUCAUAUCUGGACAGCGAGUCUGGGUUCAGAAUUCGCGGUUCAAAACUGCAUGUGAUGCUCAUACGCGCCAUUAAUGUGGCCUUGGCUGCUGCCUCUGGAACGAUCCACAAGGCUCCUGCGGUCUGGUCAAAGGCGGAGGAAAGUAUCUUCCUCAACUUCCUUCUGCUCGCCCUGCCUUCAUCAGGUGAUGGAGGCUUCAAGAUGGCAACUUUCAAUCAAGCAUCUGUGGACCUCAAACUCAAAUACCCACAUCAAAGGGGCACAGAGAAGACUGGUGUGGUGUGCAAGAAUAAAUUCACAGCGCUCAAGAAAGCAUAUUACACUGUUGUCGAAAUCAAGUGCACAUCGGGUUUUAUGUUGAGUAAUGAGCAUGGGACACACCCUUACGCAAAGCCCUUCAUCAUGAAGGGCUUCAAUCACUUCAAGACCAUGGAACAAUUGGUACCAAGUAAGGCCAAAGGUUUGCAUGUCUUCCAACCCACCGCCACGAGCAAUGCAACUCCUCAAGAUUCUACCACCUCUACGUCACCUUUGAUCCCCACUGCAAUAGAUAAUGCCCUUCAAGGGCCACCAUCAUCGGUAGAUCCCGACUCCCUUGAAGUACCUGCUCCCUCUACAUUUCUCUGUCCCUCCACCGAAGGUUCUACCAACUCGGUAUGGACAAGUAUGCCGUGGAAAGCGCAAAUUCAGCAUGGUUUCUCCUGCAUCAAUUAUGAGUUCCCAGAAGCGCAGUCAUCCGUCAUCUGCCAUGUUGUUAGUGCAGCAGGAGGGUACUGA